UAAAAUUUGUUUGAUUUAAUUAUUUUUUCUUGCUCUUUUUUGUCUUCUAUUUUCAGAUCAAAUCCAACAAAAACUUCGAACCCCCAGUUCUAUGCGAAGAUGAAGUAUUUUCCAUUUCAUUGAAGAUUCUUCAUUUUUUUUUUCUUUUGCGGAUUUCUUGAUCGUUCUUCUUUGAAGAAACGCCAAUGGCGAGGAAUUACGUGAGGGAGAACGUACCGCUCUCGCGGUUCGGCGUGCUGGUGGCGCAACUGGAGUCCAUAGUCGCGUCCGCAGCUCAGCAGGCGCCGGAGCCACUCCUCUGCUUCGAUCUUCUCUCCGAUCUCAUUUCCGCCAUUGAUGAAGAGCCCAAGGGAUCAAUCUUGUUGUGGCAAAGGAAAUGUGAGGAUGCGCUGUAUUCCUUGCUUAUUCUCGGUGCUCGGAGACCUGUACGGCAUUUGGCGUCGGUAGCAAUGGCUAAGAUUAUAUCCAAGGGAGAUAGCAUUUCGAUAUACUCAAGAGUGAGCAGUCUCCAAGGAUUUCUCUCUGAUGGCAAGAGGAAUGAACCUCAAAAAGUUGCUGGUGCCACACAAUGCUUAGGAGAACUAUACCGGCAUUUUGGGAGAAGGAUCACGUCGGGUUUACUCGAAACAACUGUUAUUGCGACGAAGCUUUUCAAAUUCCAUGAGGAAUUUGUUCGACAAGAGGCUCUACACAUGCUUCAGAAUGCUCUAGAAGGCUCGGGUGGUAGUGCUGCUUCUUCAGCAUAUACAGAAUCCUUCCGUCUCAUCAUGCGAUCUGCUGUUGGGGAUAAGUCGUUCUUAGUUAGAAUAGCUGCUGCGAGAUGUCUAAAGGCAUUUGCCCUCAUUGGAGGACCAGGUUUGGGAGUGGGAGAACUUGAGAAUUCAGCCUCCCAUUGUGUCAAGGCCCUUGAGGAUACUGUUCCAUCUGUUCGGGAUGCAUUUGCCGAAGCAUUAGGGUCCUUGCUUGCUCUUGGAAUAAAUCCUGAUACACAGGUUCAACCAAGGGGAAAAGGUCCUCAAAUUCCAGCCAAAAAGAUAGAAGGUGGAUUGCAGAGGUAUUUGACUUUGCCCUUCACAAAAGCAAGUGGGCCACGGUCAAAGGACAUGCGAGUUGGCAUUACCUUGUCUUGGGUAUUCUUUUUGCAGGCCAUUCGUCUAAAGUAUUUGCUUCCAGAUAGUGAGCUCCAGAACUAUGCUGUGCAAGUUAUGGAUAUACUUGGUAUUGAUGCUUCUGUUGAUUCCCACGCACUGGCAUGUGUUCUCUAUAUACUUCAUGUUGGCAUAACUGAUCAAAUGACAGAACCUACCCAGAGGAACUUUUUAAAUUUUCUUGCAAACCAGCUUCAAUUACCUGAUGCCAGUCCUUCCGUUAAAAUUGCUGCUCUACGUACUGUGUCAUAUACCCUGAAAACAUUGGGAGAGGUUCCAUCUGAAUUCAAGGAAAUGCUUGACAAUUCAGUUGUUGCAGCAGUAUCUCAUUCUUCACAACUUGUACGAAUUGAGGCUGCUCUAACGUUGCGUGCAUUGGCUGAGGUUGAUCCCACGUGUGUUGGUGGUUUGGUUUCAUAUGUUAUAACCAUGUUAAAUGCUUUAAGGGAGAAUCUUCCGUUUGAGAAGGGGAACAACUUGCAAUCAGACCUGGAUUCUUUGCAUGGGCAAGCUACUGUGUUAGCAGCUCUUGUGUCCAUCUCCCCAAAAUUACCUCUUGGAUAUCCAGCUAGAUUGCCCAGCUCCGUGCUUGAUGUUUCAAAGAAAAUGCUUACAGAAUCUAGUCGGAACCCUGUAGCUGUCACAGUCGAAAAAGAGGCGGGCUGGUAUCUUUUAUCAUCUCUCCUCGCUUCCAUGCCAAAGGAGGAGAUUGAAGACCAGGUUUUUGAUAUUCUUUCCUUAUGGGCUGAUAUCUUUAGUGGAACUCCGGAGCAUGAAUCUAAACAAACUGAGGAUGUGACAUCAAGGAUUCGCAUAUGGUCUGCAGCAAUUGAUGCUCUUACAUCAUUUUUGAAGUGCUUUGUUAAACCUACUUCUUUUGAUAGUGGGAUUUUACUUCAGCCAGUACUCGUAUAUCUGAGUAGGGCUUUGUCCUAUAUAUCAGCAAUAGCGGCGAAGGAUCUGAGGACUAUGAAGCCUGAAAUAGAUGCAUUUAUUAUCAGAAUGUUAAUAGCAUAUCAGUCUCUUCCUUAUCCAAUGGCAUAUAAGAACGACCACCCACAAAUUAUUAAAUUAUGCACAACACCAUUCAGGGAUGCUGCUGGAUGUGAGGAAAGCUCAUGCUUGAGGAUGUUGUUAGACAAAAGAGAUGCAUGGUUGGGUCCCUGGAUUCCUGGAAGGGACUGGUUUGAAGACGAACUUCGUGCCUUUCAAGGGGGAAAGGAUGGUCUUAUGCCUUGUGUGUGGGAAAAUGAAGUUUCUAGCUUUCCUCAGCCUGAACCAAUCAACAAGACCUUGGUCAACCAGAUGCUGCUAUGCUUCGGACUCAUGUUUGCUUCUCAGGAUAGUGGUGGUAUGCAGUCACUUCUCGGAAUUAUUGAGCACUGUCUGAAAGCUGGAAAGAGGCAGACGUGGCAUGCGGCCAGUGUCACCAAUAUUUGUGUGGGGUUACUUGCUGGAUUCAAGGCUUUGCUUUUUCUUCGUCCCCAGCCAUUAGGACAGGAUAUACUAAAUUCUGCACAGGCCAUUUUUCAGAGCAUUCUGGUAGAGGGAGACACCUGCCCUGCACAGCGUAGAGCUUCCUCAGAAGGUCUUGGUCUUUUAGCACGCCUUGGAAAUGAUGUCUUUACAGCAAGAAUGACUAGAUUGCUACUUGGUGACUUGACGGGGCCAACAGAUCCAAACUAUGCUGGAUCGAUAGCCCUUGCUCUGGGUUGCAUUCAUCGCAGUGCAGGAGGCAUGGCAUUAUCAACUUUAGUGCCUGCAACUGUGAGCUCAAUCUCUUUGCUAGCCAAGAGUUCAAUAGCUGGUUUACAGAUCUGGUCUUUGCAUGGACUUCUUUUAACCGUUGAAGCUGCUGGUUUAUCAUAUGUAUCACAUGUCCAGGCAACACUUGGCCUUGCUUUGGACAUUCUUUUGUCUGAAGAGAAUGGAUGUGUUGUUCUUCAGCAAGGAGUUGGCCGCCUAAUAAAUGCUGUUGUUGCUGUUCUUGGUCCUGAACUUGCCCCAGGAAGUAUUUUCUUUUCACGCUGUAAGUCUGUUAUUGCAGAGAUAAGCUCCGGGCAGGAAACAGCAACAAUGCUCGAGAAUGUCCGCUUUACCCAACAACUUGUUCUUUUUGCACCGCAAGCUGUGUCUGUCCACUCUCAUGUGCAAACUCUUCUUCCUACACUUGCGUCAAGACAGCCAACUUUAAGGCAUCUUGCUGUGUCCACUUUACGACAUCUCAUUGAAAAGGAUCCGGUUUCCAUUGUUGAUGAGCAAAUAGAAGAUGAUUUGUUUCGUAUGCUAGAUGAGGAGACCGAUUCUGAGAUUGGAGAUCUAGUGCGUACCACAAUUAUGAGGUUGCUCCAUGCAUCUUGCCCUUCUUGUCCAUUUCAUUGGAUAUCAAUAUGUCGUAAUGUGGUUCUUGCCACACCCACCAGGAGAGAUGUUGAAGGAAAGUAUGCUGUAGAAAAUGAUCCUUUAAAUGGUACAGAUGGUGAUACAAGUGUGAAUUUGGGACACGAUGAUGAAAACAUGGUUUCUAACUCUAGGCCAGUUCAUGGGAACACGGCUGAAGCUUCCCAUGUGCUGUUCAACAGAGAUGGACACCUUAGAUAUAGGACCAGAGUAUUUGCCGCCGAGUGUCUGAGUCUUCUCCCUGGAGCUGUUGGAACAAAUCCAGCUCAUUUUGAUCUCAGUUUGGCAAGGAAACAGCCCACCAAUAUGCACGCCUCUGGUGAUUGGCUUGUUUGCCAUGUACAAGAACUAAUAUCACUAGCAUAUCAGAUUAGCACCAUCCAGUUUGAGAACAUGCAGCCCAUUGGUGUGCGACUUCUAAGUACCAUCAUGGACAAGUUUGAAAGGACACAGGAUCCUGAGCUACCAGGUCACCUUUUACUUGAACAGUAUCAGGCCCAACUAGUAUCUGCAGUCCGAACUGCAUUAGAUUCAUCCUCAGGCCCUAUCUUAUUGGAAGCAGGCUUGCAGUUGGCUACAAAGAUAUUAACAAAUGGGAUAAUCAAGGGCGAUCAAGUUGCAGUUAAACGCAUUUUUUCGUUGAUUUCGCGCCCACUGGAUGAGUUCAGAGACCUUUACUAUCCCUCCUUUGCUGAAUGGGUCUCAUGCAAGAUCAAAAUAAGACUUUUAGCUGCUCAUGCAUCUCUGAAAUGUUAUGCGUAUACAUUUCUGAGGAGGCACCGUGCCAGGGUUCCAGAGGAAUACCUAGCAUUAUUACCACUAUUUUCAAAGAGUUCAACUAUACUUGGGAAUUACUGGAUAGGGAUUUUGCGUGACUACUGUUACAUCUUCCUCAACGCGCAUCUCAAGAAAAAGGGGAGUUCAUUUCUUAGUGGAAUCCAAUCACCUCUCGUAUCAUCAAAGCUUCAGACUUGUUUAGAAGAAUCCUGGCCUGUAAUUUUGCAGGCACUUGUACACGAUGCAGUUCCUGCGAGUCUUGAUGGGAAUAGCCAUUCCAAAGGCACUGUUGACAACAUAGCAGAAAACAGCUUACUAUCUGGAUAUAGCAUGGUUGAACUGGAAUCCAAAGAAUAUCAGUUUCUUUGGGGAUUUUCUUUGCUUGUUCUAUUUCGAGGACAGCAUCCCACUGUCAGUAAGCUGAAAAUUCCUUUGGCUUGUGCUAAAGCUAACCGUGAAGGAGAGUCACCUAUUGAAGAGUUAAAUUCUCCUGGCAUAAACCUAUAUGAGAUUGUAUUACAAGCAUUCCAGUUUCUUGCCACAGAAAGAUUUGCCAGUGCGGGAUUUCUUACUAUAGACAUAUGCAGAGAAUUGCUGCAGGUUUUUUCGUAUUCCAUGUACAUGGAGAAUUCAUGGGACAGCCUUGCACUGUCUGUUAUAUCCCAGAUUGUGCAGAACUGCCCUGAAAGUUUUCUUGAAACGGAGAAUUUUUCUUAUUUGGCCAUGGAACUUUGUAUGGCUUAUCUCUUUAAAGUGUUUCAGAGUACUGAUGCAAUAUCACUGGCUGACCGAAAUUUGGAGGAUUCAAUAUGUGCUUUAUUUGUUAACGCAGAAACACUAGUGAAGCAUUUUGAACCGAAGAAGCAUUUGAUAUCAGCAGCAUUGGCUUUUCUUCUGGCCGGUUACAAGUGCAUUAAAGAAGCCUCAACAGACUCUUGCUUUUCCAAAGUUAAUAACUAUUUCAAGUGCACUAGUCUCUUAUUCAAGAAAUUUGUUGACAAAUAUAAAGUUGGUGAUGAUGGUGUUGCUCAAAUGAGAAUGAUACUUGGAACUUGUCUUGAUGCAAUUGCUAAUUUGUCAAAAGAUUGCAUCAAGAGAAUUCAUCUGCUGGAGAGUAAAUCUGAUUUGUGCACAUUAUGGCAGUCAAAGCUGGCCUUUUCUCUUGAACAAACCAUUUUAUUUGCCAAAUUAGUUCAUGAAAUGGAAUGUCUUGGAGAGCACACUGAUAAUGACAGUGUGUACUUUAUCGUGUUCAAAUAUUGCACUGAAUGUAUCCAGACCACGCUCACCGAUUCAAAUAUGCGGGUUCAGGCCAUUGGGUUUCAGGUGCUUAAAGGCAUGGUACAAAGGCCCACAAAUGCGGAAGAAAAUGCUUUUCUAAUGUUCUUUGCUGGGGAACUUGUAAAAGAUAUCUUUGUGAUUAUCCAGAAGAUGUUGCAGAAACCCAUAACGAAAGAAUCGGCAACUAUUGCCGGCGAAUGCUUGAGGCUUUUAGUGCUUCUUCAAGCAGUAUCAAAAGAUGGCGAAUGUCAGAGAGGUUAUGUGAGUCUGUUCUUGGAAGCCACUGUCAUGAUUAUCAUGGCUCCGGAUGAUGGCUGUUCCCAGGAGUUCAACGAUCUAAGAAGCUCUUCUAUAAGGCUCGUAUCUCAUAUUGCGCAAAUUCCUUCUUCAGCAGUUCACUUUAAGGAAGCCUUAUUGUCUAUGCCUACAGUACAGCGGCAGCAACUUCAGGAGGUCAUCCGUGCUUCUGUUACACAAGAACAAAGUGCAAUUCAGGCAAAAGCUGCAACUCCAUCCUUGGGGAUACGUUUACCACUGCCAACUGGGGAAAGUAGAGAGAAGAUAUCCCAACCGCCAGCCACUGUAAUGUACUCUAAUAAGGAUAGCAUGGCGGAGAAAGAGGAAGACAAGGAGGAUGAAGAGGACGAUGAUGAUUGGGAUGCCUUCCAGUCCUUUCCUAACUCUGCAAAUGCAGCUGGGACCGACUCAAAAGUAGAAAGCAUUUCAGAAGAAUCUGUCCUGGUUGAAGAAAACUCUUCUGUUCCGGAAUUAGAUGCAGAAAGUGAUUUCUUUAAAGAAGCUGUUUCUCAAUCCCCCAACAAUACGAGAGAUGCCGGUAGCACUGAUCAAGAGGAUGUUGAAGGCGAGGUGAUAUUUGAAACCCCUACUGACGAAAUGGCCUUGCAUGAAAAUAUUGACGGAGAGGUAGAUGAGCCAACUGAUUUCCGAAUUAUUAGUGGUCUUGCCGAGCCAUGUGAUGAUAGUCAGCAUUAUCAGGAAGUGGCACUCAAUAAAGAGGAGGAAGAGGGAGCUGGGUCAAGCAAAGUGACUGAACAAAUCCCAUCUGAUCUUGAUUCCACCGAAGACGCCGAAAGGUUGGUAGAAGUAAAUAUAAGCGAGGAUCAGGAGUUGAGAAGGGAAAACUCAAGACAAUGAAAGUGAACCAGGACCGUCAGAUACUAGUCCUUAUAAAGGAGAUUAAAAACAGCUAAUAGAAUCUGAUAGUGGUUAUAGAAUGGAACCACUGGCUAAAGAUGAACAGCACCAGGAGAGCAGUGACGUGUCCAAAUCGUAAAAGAAACAAAAGAAGGAAGAUGAUAAUGCUCAAUUAUCUCGAUACCAAGAUCGAUAGCAUCACAUUCAUUUGUUCUUAUACUCCGUGCAAAAUUGGACACAGUUUUGCAAGUGAUCAAAACGUUAGAGAUGUCCCAACUUUUCGAGUUUUUGGCUCUGCAGUGCCAAUACUAUUUUGAUAUGAAGGACAUAUUGUUUUAUUUGUUUAUUUAUUUUGUAAAUCUUGUAUUUCGUUUUGGUGAAUUAUAAAUCUCUGGUUUUCUUACGUGUCUAGAGUUCUUGUGAUCCACGAUAUAAAUUUCUUAAUGUCAUCUAAAGAAAAUAGAGGAGAGUUCACAUACGACGAAGGAAGAAGACAAUCACCUGGAAACGCAUUUCGGCUUCAAUCUCGAAAAAAAGUUUCUCCUUUUUCUCCUCUCUAAUGUUUAAGACUAGUUAGGAUGUUUAAUAUUUCCAGCAUGUUUUAAUUUCCUUAUCUAGGGUACGGUGUAGCCGAAUCAUGAUUGUUCAUAAUAUCUAAUUUUCAAUUGGAUCGAUGUUUAUUCCAAUUUGCUGAGUGUUACACUCUGUUCUUUAAUGUUUGUGAAUG